AUGGCACAAACACUCCCAAUGGUUUCCACAGAACAAAGGGCGCACCUGGGUCAAUUGCGGAUCCAAGCGGUUCAGACACGACCGAGUACAGUGGCAGCUCAAGAAUUCUUUUCGGGGGAUCGAAAAUCAAAAUCAUUGCCGCGACGAAUUCGACGAUUGACGCAUGUAUUGGAAUCCUGGACUGCUGAAAAUGGAUCUCCCGAAUUGGUGUGUUCCUUUUCGUCAGACCCAAGAGAGUCCCGAAGACAAGCAAUGACAGCAGCCGUCAUGGCCUGUGCGGACGCUUCCUUUUUGAAGUCGUUUCAAGUUUUGUUUCGAAGAAGCCUGUACCAACGACAACAGAAAUACCAGCAACAACAAGAAGAAGACGAAGAGGAGGAAAAUGACGAGUCAUCUCCCGACCAAGAAGAAUUGACAUUGUUUCAAGAUUUGCGUACGUUGGGUUGGAUUCGCAAGGGUGGCAUGCUGCAGCAACCAUUGGGGGAGGCGUUGCAUCAAACAAUUUUCAAAUAUGUCAAGACCAUUAUAUCUGCCGAAUUUGAAGAAGAAAACAUGUUUGAACGAGUGCAAGGAUUCAAGGAACUAGCAUUGGAACCUUGGCUACAGGAUCUGGUGGGACCGGAGGCCCUGGAGCAAGAUGACUGGUCUUCUCGACUCUCUUAUUCCUGCGCCGAAUGUUUCUGCCUGGUUCGAAACGAAGAAAUAUUCGAUCUAGUGGCCGAAUAUCCGGAUUCUCAUCCAGCGGUGAUGGAAUUGGAGCGUGUUUUGGAUCGCACCCGAAUGCAUCCUGCACUGGGACAGGCGCUCAAGGAAAGUCUAAUUCGUCGUUUGAAUCAUCCAGGUGCCAAUACUUCCCAAAUUAUUGAUGUCUAUAUCAAUACCAUUAAAGUGCUACGGGUGAUUGAUCCAUCUGAUAGACUCCUACAAGUGGUCACGGAACCUGUUAGGGCAUAUCUUCGUCGUCGUCACAAUACCGUUCGGUGCAUUAUCACCAGUCUGACUGAUCAAGAAGUGGGUGGAGAUCUCUACGAGGAACUUCGUCGACAAGAUGCUCGUCCAUUGGAACAUGUCACGGCCGAAAAUGAGUCGGACGAUGACGAAGAUGAUGAACCACCAGACUUUGAUUGGCAACCGCCACCCCCGAUUACCAAACCAAAGGGAACCUUCUUUGCCAGUACGGGAGUCACAAAGGGUGGUGGUGGAGAUAUUCUCUCCAUGCUGGUCAGCAUUUAUGGUAGCAAGGAACUCUUUGUCAACGAAUACCGACUCAUGUUGGCCGAUAAGCUCUUGGCCAAUCUCGAUUUCAAUACGGACAAGGAAGUACAUACCUUGGAACUUUUGAAAUUGAGAUUUGGGGAAGUAUCAAUGCGAAAUUGCGAAAUCAUGGUCAAGGACACCGAUGACAGCAAACGUAUUGUAUCCAAUAUUCAAAACACACUCCAAUCCAACGACAGGGCCAAAGCCAUUGCCGAUCUAGCAAGUGAGGAACCACCAAUGAGGGACCCAGUCGAUGCCGAGAUUGUCUCUCAUAUUUUCUGGCCAGCUUUGAAGAAUGAACAAUUCAAGCAUCACCCCCGACUCCAAGCAGAUCUGGACGAAUUCGGUGCCGAAUAUGCAAGGCUAAAGAAUCCAAGACGGCUUGUUUGGUUGAACCAGCUUGGCACUGUGCAACUCGAAUUGGAUGUUUUAGAGCCACAGCCAGAUGGAACCAUGGCAAUCGAGACUCGAGAUUUCUCCGUAGCACCGCUUCUCGCAACCUUGAUUGCCCACUUUGAGGAUAAGGCGGAAUGGACUCUGGAGGACUUGUCCAACGAGACUGGUAUUCCCGAACAGCAAGUUCAAAAGCGCAUGGCGUACUGGGUGAACAAUCGAGUCAUCAAGCUUGUUUCUGGACGAGAUCAAGUGACUUAUGAGGUUGCCACUACGGAACACUUGUUGCAAAUAGGGAACGAUCAAAGUGCUGCCUUUGCUUCGAUUGAUGACGACGAUCAUGGCCAAGGAGUGUCCCUUGCAGCCCAGGAGGAGGAAGAUUUGGAAGUUUAUGAAAGUUAUAUUUGUGGCAUGCUCACAAACUUGGGGCAGUUACCACUGGAAAGAAUUCACAACAUGUUGAAGAUGUUUGUCACAGGAUCUGAUGUCAAGUACAACAAGACGCCGCAACAACUGGGCAUGUUCCUCAAGCACCUGUGCAAACAGGAAAAGCUGGAGUGCGGACCAGAUGGAAUGUAUAAGCUCGUCAAGAAAUAA